AUGGUUGCACCUCUCUCGGUCUGCGAAGUUGAGGUCACCCCGAAGGGGCCCUCCGGAAAUCGACAGAUUCUACAGACCGCAGGCGGUAUGUGGCCUCUGCAGCUGCAAGGCGUCGCGCUUGAUCCGCAUGACCGAAUUCGCAUCGUGGCGGACACUGUGCUUUGUGGACUUGAAGGCAGUGCCACCAUGCAUGAUGCCGUUCUGGCGUUGACUGCGCCGAUGGGCCAGCGUGCUCAUGGAGACUUUCAGUCGGAAACCUGGGAGAACAUCCAAGUUAAUCGAAUGGGCAUUUACAAAGUUUGCUGGUGUGGUGGUGAUGGGGACUGCUCCACUGACGAGCACUUCGCAAUGCAUGUGGCUACCCUGAUCAUCAAUGGAAUCAUGUUGACGGUCGUGGGCGACGGGAGGGCGCCAAACAGAACGACCGACAUGGUCGACGGAGCUCCUGGCUUCCAGAGCCCGCUGGGCGAUCCUUUUGGCCGCUUGAAACACAUCCAAGGUCGAGUCUACACUCUUGCAGGACAGUUCUUCCCGGGAGUGAGAGGGGACUUUGGUUCGGCCUUCAACGCGCAGCUCUCCUCACCGCUCGGUCUUGCUUUGGACCGGGAUCACACGUCGCUCUACAUCGCGGACUACGGGAGUGACCGGGUUCGCAAAAUUGACUUGACGCAGGACCCUCUCAACAGAGGUAUCAUUGAAACUGUCGCCGGGAACGGCUUUCGGGGCUUCUCCGGUGAUGGCGGGCCAGCACGGGAGGCACAGCUGAAUGGACCUUCAGGCGUGGCUGUGGACCUGAACCAGAUGCUCUGGAUUUGCGAUAGUGGCAACAACGUGCUCCGCGUGGUGUCCAUGGAAAUCCCGGUCAGAAUUCCAGGCAGCAACGAGUUCCAAGCCAACGUCAUCCUGACAGCUGCCGGGGGCUCCACUGGCCAAAGCCAGGGCAAAGGCGAUGGCGGAGUGGCCUGGCUGGCACGGAUGCAGGGCCCUUCCGGGGUUGCAGUGUCAUCCGCUUUCGUCAGCACGGAGGACGGCACGCUGCCAGUCAACGUCUACAUUUCGGAAAGCAUGGGCCAGCAGGUGCGUUCCAUGUCGCUGGAGUUUCAGAGCUAUCUCGGCGUGAUCAACACGCUGGCUGGCUCUGGCCAGCGUGGGAACGACCUCCAGGAGGGGCUGCCGCUGGAGGCCCCCAAUGCAGAGCUCAACGAGCCAAGCGGGGUGGCGACGGAUGCAGGCCUGGUCUACCUCAGCGACUCGGCCAACAACCGCCUCUUGAUGAUGCCGGCAUUGGAGUACGUUUCCAUGGGCUGCUGGCGUGAGAACAUUGAGUCGCCAUGGAUUCCAAGCAUCGAAGGCGAGCCACUCCCCUGGGGCAUCGACUACCUGCAGGGUAUCCCCGAGAACCGACCUGCGGCCAUUACAGCGUGCGCUCUGGCCACGCUGCGUUUGGGCUAUGAGGUGUUCGCCAUUCGUCAAAUGGGGGUGUGUGCCACCUCAAAGGAUGCGCACCUCUACUUUCGGUUCGAGGGCUCUUCGACUUCUUGUGAUCAGGGUAAAGGUGGAGCACGCGACAACUCAGUCUACAGGUUUGCUCGUCAAGGGAUGAUGACGCAGCAGCAGGGAUUGGUCUACGUCCUGGCAGGGAGGGAAGGCGACGCCGGCUUUGCAGGUGACCAAGGCAGCGCUUGGGUAACACAGCUCAACCGGCCCAACGGCCUGGGCGUAAAUCCCAUGACGAAGGACAUCUACGUGGCAGAUUCCGGCAACAACCGCAUCCGUCUGAUUUUCAGCCAGAUAGGUCCCGGCGUUCAUCACUCUGGCUACUGUACGAACGGAUUGGCCUGCGAGGUGACGAUCAGGGGAAAUGGCUUGCUGCCGGGCAACAAGCUGGCCGUCAUUCCCAUGGAGCAAAGCUGCGGGCAGCCUGGCGUAAUGUUCCAAAUGGGCCUGGCCAUGAACCCGACGUCCGAGAUCCCCUCGCCAUCGUUCACCCAGAAGACCUUCAACUUUGGACCACCUUCCGUGCCCCGCACCGGAACCUAUCGGCUCUGCUUCUGCGUGAAGGAUGCUGUGGUCUUCGGACAGAUAACGCCUUGCAAUGCGGCAGAGUUCUUCAUCCAUGAUGCCGGAAUUGUUCGCAUUGUUGGACCGGACAGCCGUAUCGAUGAUGCCGAAGUCGUGGAAGGGAUGCCCGGCCGGCCCUUGGCCUUGGCCAUCUUCGGCCACGAGCUCUCGCUCUUCGACCGCGUGCGCCUGGUGAACGACUCGCAGCCCUGUGGCGUUCCCGGUGCAGAGGUCCUGGCCGAGGAAGUUCAAAGCCGAGACAUUUUGAUGGGGCGGCGGUACCAGGGCAACGAGUCCUUCAGCCUUUGGGUGAACGUAACACUUCGAGCCUCUGGCAGCUUCCGCUUAUGCUGGUGCCAGGGUGCGAGGAUCGAUGGUACUCGCUUGCGGUGCGAGCACGGAGAGGACUUUCGAGUGGAGGCUGCACGUGUCAACAUUCGAGGCCCCAUCCAGUACGUUGGCACAAUCAAGACUGGCAGUUACGAGGAGAUCGCAGUCAAAGGCGGCCAGCUGGCUGGAUUCAGUUCCAGUGAUCGCAUUCGACUGGUCGACGCGGCGACCGUGCAGUGCGGCAGCAUGGAGGCGCAGGCCUUCAGCAUCUCCAUCGAAAACGAGCAGGAGGAUGCUGUGCCAUCGGGCCCUCCACACCGCAUCACCGCCGACUCCGUGACGUGGACCAACGUCAAGGUCCGCACCAGUCAGCCCCUGCGGGUAUGCUGGUGUGGUGACACAGAAGCAUGCAGCAGGGGAGAGGACUUUGUCAUCGAUGCGGCGCUGAUCGCUCCUUUGGGCCCAAGCACACACCCUCGGCAGAUUCUGGAGUUCCCGCAAAACGGCACCUUCUACGACGUGGAGCUUGCUGGUAUCGGCUUCGAUGGGAGGGAGUACAUUAGAAUUGUGGACGACUAUACGCGCUGCGGAAGCCGGUUUUCAGACGAAAGCAGCCUUGAUGUCUCCGGCCUGCUGCCGAACCAAGCAAGCCAAGUCGUGAACAUGGGCCGGGGAAUCAGGUGGAGAAACAUCAAGUUCCUCAGGCCGGCAGCGUACAGAGUCUGCUACUGCUACUGUGGUCAGGGCAAAAACCUUGGACAAUGUUGCCAACUCGGCGAGGACUUUUACACCGACAUCGCCACCAUCUUUGUCGCAAUUCCGCGGCAAGCUGGGACGGAGCCUGUGCUCCAGGCUCCGAUGGUGGUGCCCGACAUGCGUCCGAUGCAUCCUCCUCCUGGUCUGUGGGGUGUUUUCCCGAAGGAUAUUACGCGGACGAUCCGCAUUCGAGCCCAAACUCGAGGAAGCCCCGCCCAUGCCGGGUCGGUCGGGCCGAUCGAGGUGAAGAUCUUCCAAGUUUGGCCAUCGAUGACAAUCCUCGCGACCUUCCAACUGACGGAUUUGGUCACAGGGCAGCUUCAAGGCUUCGAGAAGCCCGUUCUUCUGGACGUGGACGGCAACCCCCAUGGCAUCGAGGUGGUGAGCCAUUCGAUGGAUGCCUGGUACCCGGAAUGGAUCGAAGUGGACAUCGAAGGAAUCGGCUCGCACCGCUUUCAGAUGGAAGGUUGGACCGCCUCGCCGGCAGAUCGCCAGGUCCGCUACGUCACACAGGGACUGCAGCCUCCGCCCAUGCUUCCGACGAUGCUGCCGGCUCCGAACGUGGAGCUCUGGGAAUCGCAUGCAUUCGUCCUCGACGCCUGUGGUGGAUGUCGGCCGGGCUUCCAGUGCACGGAGGAAGAAGCUUCAAUGGUCGAGCGACUGCAAAGAGAGUCAUUGCUGGGCCUGAUCUGGGAUGAGGAUGGUGCCAGUGAUCCUGAGGCUGCCCGCCUGGCCGUCUACCUUGCAAGGUGCCGGCCGGUUUGUGGUGACGGCCAGGCACAGCCGGGUGAACAGUGCGACGACGGCAACCUGCGAAGUCUCGAUGGCUGCAGCGGUCGCUGCCAGGUGGAAUCCGGCUUCGAGUGCGCCAAUUUCGGUGAUGCUCCCAGCAGCUGUUGGCCGAGGUUGUGUGAUGCUGACACUGGCAUUGCUUGGAAUGGAAUGAAGGCGGGGCUUUUCCCCCUCUAUGGCGAACGGGAGUUUGCUCAGAUGUCUUCCCUUGGGGCGACUUGCUCGAUCGACACGCCGCUGCAGUACAAGGCACCGAAGUCCUGGCCUCGAGUAUGUUUCCUAUGGCGAAGCGCGGAGAUAUUCCCGCCAGCGGGGCUCUGCCCAGCAAACAAGGAAACUCAGACGCUCGUCAGCUGGGUCUUCGAUCCCGUGGAUGAAGCGACGGUCGAUUGCCAGAGCUUCACGAUGGAGUAUGUCGGUUCGAGCCUCCAGUGCAACCUGACCAACACGUCCCGGGUAUGGCAGCCCCCAGCGACUUUGCUGAACACCUACGACGACUGUGCCCGGAUGUGCGAGAACGACCAGGAAUGCAUGGCGGUGAUAUUUCAUGUGGACGAUCCAGCAGGCGGCCAGGAGUGUGGACCGGACAGCAGGCUUUGCUCUGCUCACUGUCAGCUGGUGGAUGGCUGUGACACCAUGCCCAUGGAGGGCGGUGUGUCCGCGGACCAAUACCACAUAGGCCGGAAGAUCCAAAAGGAGGCUUCCGAGCUGCCUGGGAACAGCAUCUGCACGGAGGUGGACAGACCCAUGCCGGUCCAUGCAUAUGAUGCCGGAGGUGUUACCAUCGUGCAAUUCGACUCGCCUGUGGAGCCUCCAGCAGGAGUCGAACUCAAUCAGGCAUUCUUUUGCAGCCACAUCCUCUGGGAGACCUCCCAAGUCGCUGUAGGCGGCGUUGGGGCCGCCUGCCGGUGGGUUACCAGCACGGUGCUCCACGUUGAGCUUGGUCCAUCUGCUGUGGUUGCUCGGCCUGAAGGCUACGAUGUUAUGGGCUGGCUGAAGGGGGAUACAGCCGAGCUGUUCUUCGACCUAAGCAAGCUGCACCCCCGUGGCAUGGGGAAGGACAAGUUUGCCCACGAGCUGCCAGUGCCGGUAACCGUGACUGGGAAGCGAGUGCAUCCGCUGGCUCACAGCCCUGUGGCCAUGCCGAAAGUGCCACAGAUCAUUUUGCGCGGUCCCACUGACAUGGGCGGCUGUGGAGAUCUCGAGGUCAUUGCUGACACGAGCACACAAAGUGGCGGUCGUCGGUGGAAAAGUGUUGUUUGGGAGUGCGUCGAGACGAGGCCGGAUGGUUCGCUUCCACAGGAGAGCCAGGAUCGGCUGUUCUCAGCCUGCGCUACUCGGAUCCAGCCGCUGCUAAAUGCGAAGCCAUGGUGUGGCCUUGGAUUCGAGCAACAGCUUGUGGCCCAGACGUGUGAACUGCGUGUGGUGAUCCCAUCAGCCACCUGGUGCGGGCUUUCCUCCAUCACACUCGGAGUCACCCUGACACGGGCGGAUGGCUACGCCGCGUAUGACACUUGGACGACUCGAAUUCUCCCACUUACGCGCAUCCCUGCAGCCGGGGCAGUUGGCUCGAAUGAGGUUCACAUUCAGCCACAGCGUCUUCAGGGGGAGCCAACUGGACGACUGCGCUUGGAGGUGGCCAGUGAGAGUGAUGCGCAGAUGAUCGGAAGAUGCUCGUGCAACUUGACACGGGCCCCGAACCCCGACGGAUCGGAGAGCCGGGUCGUGGUCGACUGGUACUACGGCGAGGUGAUUAACGGCAUGGUGCCAAGACACUUCGAGAUGUCCAAGAUCCUCAAAGACGAGAGCGCCAGUGCGAACGUGCUGGAAGUUUUGCUCAGAGGGGAGAUUAUGCGGCCCGGUUCCACUUGGAAGUUUUCGGCUCGUGUUGCCUAUGCUGUGCACUCGGAGAACGAGGGCUCCUAUGUUCCGUUCACGAUCACUGUGGGGGACCUCGAGCCACCUGUGGCCAGCCUCGUGGGACCCCACCGUGCAAACAACGACGACUGCUCCUUUGCACUGGACGCUUCCGAGAGCAUGGCGCGCGAGCUCAUGUUCACUACGGAGACCUUGGGCCGCCGUCUUCAGGCAAAUCAGACACCUCCGACCCAGGCGCCGGUGAUGGGCCUGCAGUAUUCGUGGCGAGUCCGCCAGUUGGCACUGGGAACCGACGAUGCCCUGGUGUACUCUGUCCCCAAUGUUGCCUUGGCCUUGAUCGAUCUCGAAGCUUUCACGGGCUCGCAGCUGCUGGUUCCGCAGGCGAUCCUGCCAGAAGGCCUCUAUGUCUUCACGGUGGAGGUCCAUGAUGCUCUCUAUCCCAGUUUAGUCUCAUCUGCCAGUGCCACAGUGAUGGUGGACAAGAAGGCUGACGUCCCUGUGAUCAGUGUGGAUGGUCCUAGCGGGACGGUCGGUCCGACGGGUUCGGUUCAGGCCAUCUUCAAACAGGUGGGCUUUGGCGCGUGCGUGGUUCCCACGGUGGACAUGGAAGGUACACAUGCACGGACGACGAUCCUUCUGAUGCGUGGCAUCUUGGGCCAGCCGCGAAAUUACAUGAGGGCAUACAAAGAGCUCACCUUCACCAACCGAGUCAAGGACAUGGCUGGCUUUGUUGCCAACUCGCUUUGGCUGUACGUUGAAGCAGACCGGAGCGAUCUCGAGAAGGGCUUCAUCUACUCUUACAGGCUGCUUACAGCUGGGCGGAAGAAAGCCUUCGAGCUCACGGCAUACAAGGAACGGCUGUUGGCGGCCGGCAAAGAUUCGACGACUGCCGCAGGGCGCCACAUGGACACGGAACCCGCCACGAAUCCGGUGGAUCUUGGCAUUCUCCAAGUGGAUUCGGAAGUGUUCAACAUCCCUUGGGGCCCGACAGCUGGCAGUUUGGACGUGCUCGACCCUGUGGGACGCAUUGGAAUCGCCAUGUCGGAUGUGUUUCGUCUCCAGCAAGCAUGGGCCACGGACAACCCGCCGCUGGAGUACACCUUCUACUACGGAGAGGUCCCGGAGGAAAGGCGCGAGCAAUUCCUGGUCGAGCUCCGGAAUUUUGAGACGGACAUUUUCACGGACCAACGCCUGUUCUCCCUCGUCCCGGACGGAGCAAUGGUGCCGCUUAGCGACUGGUCCAUGUCACCCACGCUCGCACUGCCAUUGAAGCAAGGCAUGUAUGUCUUCGAGGGCCGAGCACGAGAUGCCAGUGGGGUUGAGGCUAAACGGUACUCUGUUGCUUGGUCACAUCCGGCCUACGAAGAAAGAGUGGUCACAUCUUACGAUCGCGUCACUUCGCUUCUGGAGUAUAUACGCCGGUCACGCCAAGCGAUUCUGCAGGUCCGGGCCUUCAAUCGCGGAUCCGUCUCAGUGGUUCCAGUAUGUGCUGCGGUCUUUGAGCUUCCCAGCAUGUACGACUACGACUUCAGGUCCAUGAUGGAAUGGAACGCCGCCAGCGGCCUGCCCAUGCCGAACCUCUCACAGCCUAUCUACGGGGCGCCGAUUGUCUCGCGCGAGACGCGGGAAGAAGUGGUAACAUACCUCUUUGACAUCAUGGGGGCCCUAAAUGACAUCGUGAACGCUCUGGAGCCGGAUUCCUUGGGUGCAGAGACUACGCAAAGUCGGCGGCUGCAGGAGCAGUACUUCCAGGACACCACAUCGAACACAUCCACUCCUCUCCAUGCAGAGGUGGUUGCCUCCGCCCUGGCGCACUUGGCUUCGAAUCUGGCUCCCAUCGAUGAGCCCGAGCUUUUCGUAUACCUGGGCCGUCUGACAUCUGGCCUCGUGGUUCGUAUCCGCAGCUCCCGAGGAGACAUCAGGAAGGCUGGCAAUGCGCCGCAGGACCUGGUCAAAACACUGUCCUAUUUGCUGGCCAGCGCAAGGCCUAUUGACCGAUGGCGGGAGGGCAUAGUGGAACCCAACAUUACGGAGCACGUGCAGGCCCGGCUUUCCGUGGAGAUCGUUGCAACGGCUGUGGCGCUGGGCGACGUCAUGGCCGCGAUUGCAGAGCCUAACGGUCCGCCAAGUGCCAUCAAGCAAGCCAUGCCCAAAGCCGAAUUCCUCAACUCUGUGGAUGGCGACCUUGUCGUGACCAUCAUCAAGAAGCCCCUGCUCGACAUCAUCCAGAAUGGCGUCCAGACACAACCGGACUACCAGAGCAUGCAACGCUGGAUCUAUCCACAAAUCAACAUAGCAGGCCUCGGCCCACCCGGCUUCAUGGGAUCAACCUGGGCUGGAUCCAAGGGUAUCCAAGCUAACCCAGAUGAUAUCCAGUGUCAGGAGGCACAGGAGGGUUUUCUGCAGACCAUCACUAUGACAACCAUCUCCUGGCCGAUAAAUCCCUUCCUCUAUGCCACGGGAACUUACUUGGGGAAGAAUGCCAGUGUGACUGUCCCGUACACGAUUCAGCUGCGGUCUUGUGGCCAGCCCGUAGUGGUGGAGGAGCAAAUCGGCAAGAUCGACCUCACCUUCCGGCUGGAUCCCAGCGUGGUGCGUGACCGCCGGUGGGGCUUUCGUGACACCGCCCCGUAUCGUGUGGCCUGGUGGGAAGAGAGACCCGGUAUCAGUGCUCAGGCGGAUCCGAUCCAGCGAUGGACCAUCAAGGGUUGCAAAACCUUCUGGAGCCGGACGCAGGAGGACAUUGUCACUGCGGAAUGCGACCAGCUUCCGAGCAGCCAAGGCUCCGUGAUGUCGGUGGAGCUGGUGUCUUGUGGGACAGGUGGGAAGGAUGCUGUAGUUGAGGCCUCGCCCGAACUACAAUUUGGUCGGAGCUCCAUCUCCGAACAGUUUGGCUCUCUAGUGCCAGGAAUGUUCACAAUGUUGCCCGGACCCAAGCUACAAGCAGCGUGCUUGCAGCUUCUAGCAAGCGCUGAUGCCUCCAAGAUUUCCUACAUGCUGGUGGCCUUCCUUAUCCGCUCCGAGCUCAGCUUGUCCACUGAGCUUGGGCUACAGGCAGGUGCUGUCGAUGCUGACUCGGCCAAGCGCACCUCGCAGCUGGACUUCUGGCUGCGAAGAGGCAAGAUAUCUCACGAGCAAGCUCUCCGUCUUGUGGAGACAUUCCCAGAAUGUUUGCUGGACGGUGAGAUCGUUGCCGUCCGACAUGUCUCCGAGCGUCCUCUUAUCGUGGCGGCAUCGAAGCCCCGCAACGUUCGCUGCUUCGCCAAGGAGCAAGCCUUCGAAUUUGAGCAGACGGUGGAAGCUUGGUUUCGGGCAGAAUUUCAGAAGAAGAUCCAGGUCUGCCACAGCCUCGAAGAUGAGGUCUCCGGAGUGCUGCUCAUGGGAAGCAAGUCAGAGAGGCUGCAAAGUCUCAAGCUCCUGUUCCAGGAGCACAAGGUGAAGCGAGUCUUCCACGCCCUGGUUCUGGGUCAUCCGAGCUGGGAUGAGGCAAAGCUCGACACCCCGGUGAAAGGAGGGCGGCCCUGGACGUGGGUCAAGACCCUGAGGCGAGGAUUCUGGGCUGUCAUUGGCGGCAGAGAACCGCAGCCGAUCGCUCUUGUGGAGGCCUGGACGAUGGUUGGGCGGACGCAUCAGAUCCAGGAGCACCUCCGGGCGACAGGCCAUCCGGUCUUGGGAGACGUUCGCCAUGCGGACAUGCCAGAGACACCGUUCGGAGAUGCCGCGCUGUAUUGCUAUCGGGUGUUCUUGCACCUGACGAGACUGGAACUAUGCUUGCUUGAGGAGGAGCCGACAUCGGUGGAGGUGCCCCAUGACUUUGACCGAUAUCUGGUCCAGCUUGAGGAAGUGCAUCGUCUGCCGGCUGCGGUAGCACCCGAGCCUUUGCAAGCUCUUGCAGGAGCUCAGGUUCUACAAUGGGCUACUGGGGAUGAUGCCAUGGCCCGGCUCAGGCAGUGGUCGUACCUGACCAACAUUGGCCAAAUCUCACGAUGCCAGUGCUUGCAGCUGUUGGACCGCUUCCCCGAGAGCUUGGCUGAUUUCACGCCACACGAGGUGUGGGCGAGCCAAGGCCAUGGCUUCGUAGUACUGCACAAGCCCUUCAACAGGCUGCUGUACCACAAGAAGCGGCUCCCGAAGGACUUGCCACUCAUGGAUUGGGUGCGAGGUGCCUAUCCUCAUGAAUCUCCUCGCCUCUGUCAUCGACUCGAUUAUGGCACCUCAGGUGUUUUGCUCCUUGCACUGAACCGCGAUGCUGCGCGGCAAAGCCUGAGCUGGUUUUCCAAACGCCAGGUCAAGAAGGUUUAUCAUGCUGCUGUCUUCGGGCAUCCAUCGUGGCCUCACGAAUGUACUCUUUCCGAGCCGCUGCAGGGCAAGGCUGCUGAAACCAUCGUCAAGGUCCUUCGUUUUGGCAGCUGGGCUGCCGCACGGCCCUUCGCUGCGUCGCUGGUUGAGGUCUCGCCUCAGACGGGGCGCACACACCAGAUCCGUCUCCAUCUCGCGAUGGCAGGACAUCCGAUCAUAGGUGACCUUGAUUACUCUCCAGCGUUCGCACAUCACGUCUACUACAGGCUGUGUUUGCACGCCUCGAGCAUCAGCCUGCCACUAGAUGAUACCAUGGUCAAGGUGGAAGUGAAGCAUCCCUUUGACCCGCUGCUCCGCGACAUGCACGAGGAGGUGGAAAAUAUCGUGAUCCCGCCUUUCUUCGCUGACUUGUGCAGCGACUCACACGAGUCCUCGCAAGAUGCUGAAGGCUGGGUGACCCUUCUGGUGUGGGCUUACCGUGCUGAUGUGACUUUCUGGCCGUCGGAGAAGCAGCUCAUGAAGCUCCUAUACUUGCCCUGGGAGCGGAAGUGGCGGGAGCGCCUGCGGCGCGGCCGAUUACCACCUCCGGAGCCCAUUACUUGGAAUGUUCUGACCGGUGAUUUCUGGUAUCAGACAAAGAUGCUGUGGAUCGACCGCAUCAUCUGGACCUUCUGCUGCGUGAAAGCGCUCAAGGGCUCCGAGCUUUUCUUCUCGGUUGAGACGCGAGAAUUGAUCAAGAUGCGUUCUGGAGAUCGUGACACAACCUAUGAGAGGUUUGUUGACUCCAUGAAUGACAAGGAUCAGCUGGACAAAAUCCAAUAUGUUAAAGAACAGCGAAGCCUGGCAGCGAGCCAGAACCAGCCAGACAGCAUGAACCGGAAAGCUGCCUGGCAAGACAAGGGCGCCGUGGAGGCGCUCCAGGACCAAGAGGUCAGCUACAGGGACCACCAUGCAGAUGCAAGUGGCCAGAGCUCACGGAUACCUUCGCACAGGGAUCCCUACUUAGACGGACCUCCGCUGUCACAGUUGCGCGGCACGGCCAACAACGAGGAGCAGAGGCAAAUCCAGGAUGCGGCCAUACGCACUGGGGACGCGCCUGGAACUGGGCCGGUGAUGCCAGCACAGGGUCUUGAGGAGAUCGAUGCCCAGGACAAGGCGCAGGCAGCGCUAGAAGCAGCGCUAUAUACGUCCAAGGUUGGUGACCUGCCUCCUGGUUGGGAGGAGUAUGUCUCAGAGGAACACGGAGGACGUGUCUACUAUGUCUUCUCGCAGACUGGCGACACUACAUGGCAGCGGCCAACUCUCCUUCCAGAUGGCACUGUGCAGUUCUUUCCCAAUCAGGACGUUUCAUCCAAGGCCAGCAGAAGUGGCUCCAAGCUCGCAGACCCCAGAGGCAAAGGCAAGCUUGGCUCGCUGCGGAAUGCGGCAAAGGCCGCCAAGACCAAGGAUGCUGAAGCGGCCGCGCUGAGCCCUCCCGGGACAAGGAUGGAGGCGGAGCAUGGAGCGCCGGCGCCAGGUGAUGACGACCUGACGCCCAUGGAGCGAGAAAGCGAGGUGCCACCGUUCAGACGACUGCCAUUGCAACGCGAGGCCCACCACGGUGCUCCCGAGCCCGGUGCGUCCCUGGCUGGCAUCCCCGGAGGCGGCUCCAAAGAAGAGGACUACGGCGAGUCCGAAGCCGAAGUCCGAGCCGCUGUAGAGGCAUCUUUGGAAGCGGCGCGGAACAGCCAGGAAGUAAUGCUUCCUUCCGGCUGGGAGCUGCAAACCACGCCUGAUGGUCGCGAGUUCUACGUCAACCUUCGAUCCAACAUCACACAGUGGGAGGUGCCCAAGCUGCCACCACAUUGGGAAGAGCGCUUCUCGAGGGAGGGCAAGGUCUACUACCUCAGCCUCUUCGAUGGCCGGACACAGUGGGAAUGGCCCACAGAGAAUGCUGCGGCUUUCCACCAGCGUUUGGAGGAGCUUCCCGCACCUUCUCCUUCUGGCCGGAUGCUGGCGCUUCCGGGCUCGACGCAGGAGGAGUUUCGCCAUGAGGAGGACGAGUUCAGCCAGUCGUCGGAAGAGUCUUCCUUGGGAUUGGCGCUUGAUGAGGUGGAUGCCAACGACCUUCUUGCUGUGCCCCCGGGCGCUGAGAAUGCCGAGAAUCCCCAGGACGAAGCUGCAGAAGGCUCGGAGCCGCAGAAGUGGGGCGCGGACAAGCGAGAUGCAGAGUGGAUAAGCCUCAAGAGGCAGAUGGCAAGCCAGAAGAAGGCGCACGACGAACGCUGGAUGACUGCUAGACAUUUUCCUGGCGUCCGAGAAUUCGUGCGAAGAUACGAGCUCGCCAACCAAGUCAACAACUGGGACAGGGCGGUCGACAAUGUCACGUUAAAGAUCGACAACAUGGCACGGCAGAGAGGGCAGUUGGGAGUUGUUGCUGAGCUGCGGAAGGAGGAGCUCCGCCAGAUAUUCCCUAUCAUCCAGCGGCUGCAGUGGACCAAGUGGUCCA